UCCUCCCCUCCCUCUCCAUCUCCCCCCCCCCCUUUCCCCCCCUCUCCACCCCCUCCUUCCCCCCCCCCUCCCUCUCCUCCCCCCCCUUUCCCUUCCCCCCCUCUCCAUCCCCCUCCUUCCCCCCCUCCCCUCCUCCCCCUCCUUCUCCCCUCCUCUCCACCCCCCUCCCCCCCCCCCCCCUUCCCUCCCCCUCCCCCCCCUUUCCCCUCCCUCCCCCCUCCUCUCCCUCCUUCCCCCCCUCCCUCUCCAUCCCCCCUUCCUCCCCCCCUUCCACCCCCUCCUUCCUCCCCCCCUCCCCCCCGCCCCCCCCCUUUCCCUUUUCCCCCCCCCCCCCUUCCCCCCCCCCUCCCCCCCCCCCCCCAUCCCCCUCCUUCCUCCCCCCUCCCUCUCCUUUCUCCCCCCCCCCCUUUUCCUCCCCCUCCCCAUCCCCCUCCUUCCCCCCCUCCCUCUCCCCCCCCUCCUUCCCUCCCCCCUCCCCCUCCCCCUCCUUCCCUCCCUCCCUCUCCGUCUCCCUCCUUCCCCCCCUCCCCCCCUCCCUCCCCGUCUCCCCCUUCCCCCCCCCCUUUCCUCCAUCUCCCUCCUUCCCUCCCCCUCCCGUCUCCCCCCUUCCCCCCCUCCCCUCUCCUCCCCCUUUCCUUCCCUCCCCCCCCUUCUCCAUCUCCCUCCUUCCCCCCCUCCCCCAUCCCCCUCCUUCCUCCCUCCCUCUCCAUCCCCCCUUCCCCCCUCCCUCCCAUCCCCCCCCUUUCCUUCCCUCCCUCUCCACCCCCCUUUCCUUUCCCCUUUCCCUCCCUCUCCUCCCCCCUCCUUCCCCCUCCCCUCCAUCCCCCUCCUUCCCCCCCCCCCCCCUCUCCUCCCCCUCCUUCCCCCCCUUCCCUCCCGUCCCCUCCUUCCCCCUCCCUUCCCCCCUCCUUCCCCCUCCUUCCCCCCCCCUCUCCAUCUCCCCCCUUCCCCCCCUCCCUCUCCAUCCCCCCCGUCCCUCCUCCCUCUCCAUCCCCCUCCUUUCCCUUCCCUCCCUCUCCAUCCCCUCCUUCCUCCCCCCCUCCUUCCCCCCCUCUCCCUCCCCCUCCUUCCUCCCCUCCCUCUCCAUCCCCCUCCUUCCCCCUCCCUCCCCCUCUCCCUCCUUUUUCUCCCCUCCCUCUCCAUCCCCCUCCUUCCUCCCCUCCCUCUCCCUCCCCCCCUUUCCCCCCCCCCCUCCCCCUCUCCCUCCUUCCCCCCCUCCCUCCCCCUCCCCCUCCUUCCUCCCCUCCCUCUCCAUCCCCCUCCUUCCCCCCUCCCUCCCCCCCCUCUUAG